AUGGCACCAACUCAGCUCUCCCCAUCCGCCUUGCUGUACACUCCCGCUGUCACUGAUUCCGAAUCCACUGUCAGCUCUCGCAAUGCGCCAAAGCUGGUCAUUCUGACUACUUGGAUCUUUGCCCGCCGUGACCACAUUGCCAAGUAUGUCGAACAGUACCAGGCAUUGUACCCAGGGGCCACGAUCCUUGUCAUCGAGUCGUUUCUGUACCAUUUCUUACGGCCAUUCACCCUACGAGAAGAGCUGACGCCCGUUAUUCCUGUCAUCCGAGGCAUCCUCGGUGAUGGAGCAAACCAAACCGGCAAGCCACAGCUGCUGUUGCACGUCUUCUCCAACAGUGGCCUAGGCACAUCAUGGGUGCUGAGAAAUGUAUACCAAACAGAGAGCCCUGCCAAUGAAAAAGGCAUCUUGCCGCAGCAUGCCACCAUCUUCGACUCGUCGCCUGGUCGUUACGACUACUGGGCGGUCGUCGCGGCGUUGCUCUACGGCAUCCCACCAAGCGCCUGGCUGCAACGUAUUGCCACCAUGCCGCUCGCUCACAUGCUCAGCGGAGGCAUUUGGGUGUGGUGCCGCGUGUUCGGGGGCGAGGACUGGGUCUUGAGAUAUGCUCAGGCGGCCAACAACCCGUCCCGAGUGGACGAGGUGUGUCGGGCUUACGCCUUUGGCAGAGCUGACCGGCUGGUCCCGGCCCACUGGGUUGAGGCCCAUGCUGCGGAUGCCACUGUGCAAGGGUUUAAUGUCAAGCAAAUGGUCGAUUUCGGCACGAAAAGUGCUCAUGUGGCUCAUGCGAGGACCGACCCAUCACGGUACUGGGCGUUGGUGGCUGACACUUGGAAGUCCGCCGUGCAUGAUACCAAGCUCUAG